GAUAAUCAGUAGCUGGUGUUGUGCAUCCAGUGGAGAGCAGCGGCACUGCAGGAUGGGAGCACGAGAGGAAGUUCUUCAGGAACUUCUGGCAGAGCAGAAUCCAGAGUUUUUUCCCCUCCUCUGGAGAAGAAGUGAAUCCAGUUCCGUUAACGGAGGAAUAGAGGGGGGACGUCAGCGAACUUGGGGGGGGAAACGCGAUUUGUACGCCGUUUCUCUUAUGGAAAAACUGGGAAAAGAGUGAACUUUCCUCAACGCGCCCCGAGGAAAACUUCACCGACAGAAGGGGCGAUGAGAUGCGAAUGAGCUAUGCCUUGUAGAAAUGGACAGAUUGCGUUUAAGCGAAAACAUGGCGUCUGCCUCCCAAAGUUUGGAUUAUUUUCCAGUCUGCUCUUUGCGCUCUGCUGCCUGGAGGCGCGCUCGGGCGUCGCGGCAGACGGGAGAGCCUGCAGCCCGUGUCCGGGUAACUGCUCUUGCUCCGCGGUGGGACCGCAAAACUCGUGCGUGGUUAAUUGUUCCAGCAUCGGGCUGGAUCAGGCCCCAGCGGCGUCAGACCUACCGACCGACACGCACACUCUAGAUCUGUCAAGAAACCACAUUCCCUCAGUGGAUUCCAGCCUCUUUGAUCACCUCACCGCCCUCAAGGAGCUGUAUCUUCAGAGCAAUCGUCUGGUCACUCUUCCUCGUGGGAUCUUCGACUGUGGGCCGUUAGCUGUGCUAGAUUUGAGCAACAACCAGAUCACCACCAUCGAGGAACGAACGUGUGAUAAUUUAUUUAAUUUAACUACGAUAGAUCUGAGCUUUAACCCGUUCGUCUGCGACUGUAAGCUGGUGCGCUUGGUGAGCUGGCUGCAGGAUCAGGGCGUUCGAGUGAAGCGACCCAACUCUAUGCUCUGUGACCGGCCGCCCGAGGUGAAAAACCAGCCGCUGCUCAACGUCAGUGUGCACACCUGCGGCCUGACGUACGCGGGCUGUCUGCAGGACGAGGAGCAUGCUGCAGGCGUGGAGCUGGUCAUCUUCUCCUCUUCCACUCCCGGCCCGUUCUCGCGUGAGGAAUGCAACUCCAAAUGCUUCCAUGAGAACCAGCGCUACGGCGGUCUGGGUCAGCAGAGAGAGUGUCUGUGCAGCACCAACUCCGAGCCCAACCACAUCAGCGAGUCCCAGUGUUCGGCCGCGUGCUCGGACCCGCUGGUCAUGAAGGAGUGCCUCUGGACUGUGGCGCAGGACGUGUUUCAGGUGAAUUUCUCCGCCUCUCUUCCUUCUCGCCGUGUGUCCGUUCAUUCAGAGGCUGUCCUGUCUGUCGCCUCGUCCGUCUUCCCUGCCUCUUUCUCAUGGGACUUCGGUGACCUUUCGCCCCGGGUCAACACCUCUACGCCCAACACAACGGCGAGGCAUAAGUACGGUGUCCCGGGACGGUACCAGGCUCAGGUGAGUCUCUCAGCGGGUCACCAGGAGAUCGUGGCGCAGGGGAACGUGAGCGUGGAACUGCCCCCUCGACUCGAGCUCCACUGCCCCGAACUCAUAGUGGCCAAUCAGAGCCUGGAGGAGGUGGUUUCUCUGGUCAACUGGGGCGGAGUGGGCGUAAACGUGGACUGGAGGAUCAGGAAGGAUGGGAGAGAGAUAGCAAGAGCGGAGCCGCUGUGUUUGCCAGAUGCGAUCCAUCACGCUGACUCAUCCCGCUGUUUCCUGUUGGUGUCGGAGGAAGUCAGCUGGUCAGAUGCUCGGCGGAAUUGUUCAGCCCGUGGGGGGGAGCUCGCCGUGGUGCAUUCCCAAACCGUCCGGGACCUUCUGGCCCCUCGAAUCACACAGGAGCGUGGAGUGUGGUUGGGAUUGAGCGAUCAGUACUCUCCCCGUGUCCUGCGCUGGGUGGACGGUUCGGAGGUCCUGACGGGGGAGGAGGGCACGAGGGACCGGGCCACGCUGCAGCCUGGAAAUGUGUGUGUGUCACUGGACGGCAGCGGGCAGCCCAGCUCCCACUCCUGCACCGCCAGACGAGCGUUUGUCUGCCAGUUCUCACGCCACGUGCGUGUUCCUGAUGCCGCUGUGUGUGCGGUGGGCACCGCUGUGUUUCACUCCCACAGUCCUCUGAGCAGCCCCACAGCGACACACUCCUCUGUGCCCAACACACCCGCCGGGAGCGUCGAGGCGCCUGGACUGAGCUUUCUGAGCGCGGGGCGUCUGUCGUCUCUGGAGCUGAUCACACAGUCUCUGAGCGCAAACACUCAGCUGCGCUUUCAGGUGUACCGACCGCACUGCCAGAGACUCACACACAAGCUGCUGCCAGGUUGCGGUGACCUCUGCGCCCCCAUCACUGUCUGUCAGGCCCUGGAUGAGUGGAUCAACGACACCUCCGUCCCACCAGCAGCCACAGCGUGUCCAGCGGGACGUCAGUACUGUCCGUAUGCUGAGCGCUGUCUGCCCUUGGCCAGCUCGUGUCAUCCCGGGGCUUGUGUGAACUGUUCUGGGGUCAGUCCUCUGCCUGCGGGCACACAGUACCCAGAUUACAGACUCAUCGAGGAGGUGCUGAUCUCCCUACCGGCCGGACCGCCAUCCAGCAUCCUGGUCCAGGAGGACAUAGAGGACCUGUUAGUUUCCCCUGGUGACUUCAUCGCCCUGCAGCACGACGCCGGACCGUCAGGGCUCCUCCAGUGCUCCUCUGACCCCUCGUCGCCAUGGAAACAGAGCGUGCUCAUCCAGAACCGCUCCGAUUGGUGGGACGCAAACGAGACGCUGCAGGUGGAUGCGGAGGGCGGCUGGGAGGAGGGUGUUGUUUACCAGGUGAGGGUGCUGUACGUGGGGCAGAACAGCACCGCGCUGCAGGGUCCCUUCCUCCACUCUGGCCUCCCUCAGCUUGGCGACUACACUUUGGAAGUGACAUCCAGCGAUGAGGAUUUUCCUGUCACCGCAUCCUGUCCCAUCCACGUCGUUCCACCUCUGGGCCCAGCCGUGAUCUACCCCACCAAUCACAACGGGACGGUGUACUUCCUGCCCAAUCAGACGUGGAUUCUCGUCACGGUCCGCUCGCAGCACGAUGCUCUGAUUGGCCAGCAAGGCAGCAAUGAGACCGUUCCCUUUCACAACGCCUGUCCCGAGAACCUGGUGGCGAAAGUGGCCGAAUGCAGGCAGCCCGACCCGUACAACGACACCAUGUUUGCGUGGUUUGACCUCCAGCUCGGGUCCACACCGGAACAGACCAACGUGCUGUUUCUUGUCCAGAACAACGUUACCAAAGCAUCGCUACAAAUUCAGGCGAGGGUGCAAGAACCUCUCCGGGGGCUCGUAAUCAAACCCCAUCCUGCUCACAGAGUCCUCAUGGAGUCCGUAGUGAGUUACAUAGCCUCUGUGGAGGGUGGUACGGACCCGUCGUUCAAAUGGACAGUGGAUGAUAAACCAUACUUCACGUACUACAACAGCAUGUUAAAUAUCAUCUACCAGAACGCAGCAGUGUACAAACUCACGGUAAUGGCUAUGAACCAGGUUAGCAUGCUGACAGAGCACUUCACUGUCACAGUAGACCGCAUGAACCCGAUGACUGAGCCGACGGUCCACGGAGUCCCCAAAAUCGUGCAGCAGGGUUUGCCCCUGAACCUGUCUGCGUCGGUGAAGAUAGACAUGGCGGUGGAUGUCACCUUCUGGUGGUGGUUUGGAGAUGGAGGGAACCGUACACAUCAGAUUAAGCCCCCUUACAAUAACCCCUCUAGUAACCAGGUGGUGAUUCGUGAUGAUGUGGAAUACAUUUAUGCACAGCCAGGGGAGUACACCCUAUUGUUCACGGCUUCCAGCCGCUAUGAGAACAAGACAUGCAAGGUCGAUGUAUACGUCUUUAGCGUUCUGACAAGUGUGCGAAUCGAGAUUGUCCCGCCCCUGCUACGUGCUGAAAAACCAGCUGACUUUGAGGCCCACCCCCUACCGUCUCCCUACGGCAUCAUCUACACCUGGAACUUUGGUGACAAUUCAAGUGUACAGCAUGGGCGUGAACGUAGGGUUCCUCACGCGUACGCUCACAGCGGUGUCUACAAUAUCUGCGUGAAUGUCAACAACACCAUUAGCUGGACAGACACCUGCAUGGAAGUUAUCGUCUAUGAGGAUGUUAAGGGCUUGGAGGUGAUAUCAUCUGCUCCCACGGAAUGCAACACUCCUACCGUUGUCACGGCAAGUCUGGAAGCAGGCAACAAUGUAACUUGGAGCUUUGACAUGGGUGAUGGAAUGGUGCACACGGUUAUGGAACCCAAAGUUGAAUAUACGUACAGGAAAGAUGGAAACUACACUGUAAAUGUCAACGCAAAGAAUGCUGUGAGCUCUAAAUGGGUAACCAUACCUGUUGAGGUGUUUGUGCUACAAGUGUUAUCACUAGAACCUCCCGGGUGCAUUCGGGAAAACAAAGAGGUACUCUUCCAUGCAUUUGUGUCAGGGAACGCUUCAGGACAUCAGUACGUGUGGAGUUUUGGAGAUGGAAGCCCCAACGAAACUCAGUAUGGAACGCCGAUGAUAACGCACACAUACGUUAAGAGUGGCGAGUACAAUCUCUCGCUACUUAUGUCAAGUGAAGCCAACAAGGCAAAUUUUUUCAGAAGGGUCUGCGUCCAACGUGAACUCACAACAGUGUCUUUGAUUCCUCUGAGAACACACAUCAAGUUCGGUGAGGAGAGCAGAUUUACAGUAGCUGCCUUCCCAGAAUUUAACUACACCUACCUAUGGGAUUUUGGGGUACUUGACUCGAGAGGUCCUGUUCGAGGUGGUAAGGAGAUGGCCUUUACAUUCAAGAGUCCUGGGGAAUAUCUGGUUACAGUUACUGCACUCAACAACAUCUCCUGUAUCAAUGACACUGUUUUAGUUGUGGUGCAACAAUCUGUCAGUUUUUUGCUGAUCAGCCAUAAUGGAGAUAAAGAGAACAAUCUUUCUUUACACCAAGGCUAUGCUUUCAAGGCAUCUUCAGACUCUGAGAAUGCUGUCUACAUCUGGAAUUUUGGAGAUAGGACUCGACUUAAUGGGACAAACGUAUCACACGCUUACAAUUCCUCGGGCAAGUUUAACAUCAGUGUUACAGGCAAGAAUGAAGUGAGUGAGACCAAAAAUGAGAUUUCCGUUGUGGUCUUGGCCCCAAUCACAGGACUGUCAGUAAAUGCUAGCCUUGUUAAUGUCCCUUUGAACACUUCCGUUCACUUUGAGGCACACCUCAACCAAGGAGAUGGUGUAAGGUACUCUUGGAUUCUUUGUGACCGGUGCACGUCUAUCCAAGGCACUCACACCAUGUUCUACACGUUUCGCUCCGUUGGGACUUUCAAUGUCAUCGUUACUGCAGAGAAUGACAUUGGCACUGUUCAGUCAAGCAUUUCCAUCUUUGUGCAGCGUGAGUUGGAGGGCUUGCAGAUAGUGGCUGAUGAGCUUAUUGAAGGAUGCUGUUUUGCAAGCAACCGUGUCCUUCACUUACAAGCCUCAUUAAAAGAGGGCACCAAUAUGACCUUCAGCUGGAACCUUCUGAGGGAACAUGAAAACCAUGACUACAACCUCACGGGCAAGACCAUAGACCUCAACUUUUCCACCCCUGGUCCUUGUGAUGUCGUCCUCAAGGCAACCAACUUGCUUGGCCAGCUGGCUGUGAACAAAACUAUUGAGUUUUUGGAUCCUGUAAGGGAGCUGGUCCUUAAGAUUUCAUCAAACCCUGCUGCAGUAAAUGCCAUGACAAAUAUGACCGUAUCUGCAAGUUUUGGAACAGCGCUUCAUUACAAAUGGUGGGCAGGUGGUGAACUGUUAACAUCUGAUAUGUCCUCAGUCAUGCACCGUUUCAGAAGCGCAGGUUUGAAACUGGUUAAAGUGGAGGUUUCCAACAAAGUCAGCUCGGAAGUGGUCUCAAAGUGGAUCAGCAUUCAAGAACCGAUCUCGGGAUUGACUUUCAUCGCCAGAAAUGUUACAGAGAACUUUGUAGCUUCAGGGGACAAUGUUACUCUGCGUGGAGAAACACAGAUGGGAUCCAGCAUUUCGUGGAUGUGGCUAUUGCCAGACAACACAAAAUCGAACCAGCGCACCACCUCCUACAUCUUCCCCAAACCAGGAAUUUUCACUGUCGCUUUGAACGCCACUAAUGACAUGAACAGAGAAACAUACUCACGUGAGUUUACCGUUCAAGACCGUAUCCAGGGUCUGGAGCUCAAGGCCAGCAAACAAAUUGCUGCGGCUGGUGAAAACGUUGAGUUUACCAUCUCUGUCUCAUCUGGAACUUCUGUUCAUUUCAUCCUGAGCAUUAGUGGUGAUGCAACUGUUGUUCUGACUAAUCAAACCUACAUCCACCAGUUCACUAGUGUGGCCAAGUACUACGUCAACCUUACUGCCUUCAACCAAGUGAGUUCAGAACGAAGGACUCUGCACAUUGAAGUCAUGGAGCCUGUGACCAAGUUGACUAUACUGGACUGCUGUGAUGCCGCUAUACCUGUCGGUGUACCUAGGGCUUAUGUAGCGUGCACGCCGACACGUGAUCCGCUGACCAUUCUGUGGACCUUUGACCUUCAUCAUGGUCUCAAGAUCUCUCGGGUUGGCAAGUCGGUGACAUAUGCGCCAGAACAGCCAGGCAAUCUGACCAUAUUCCUUAGAGCAUUCAAUUCUUUAAACGGAUUAAAUGUGACCAAGGUUAUACGAGUUCAGAACAUUAUCAGGUCAGCCACCUUGGAUGCUCAACCAAGCGACACCUUCAUAAACAAGACAGUCAGCUUCCAUGUGGGAAUCACUCCUGUUUCAACUCCAGCGACAUAUCAGUGGGACUUUGGGGAUGGUACUUCUGCAGCUGUCACAACUACACCUUCUCUUAGUCAUAUCUACAUCCUUCCUGGUCACUAUGUGGUGCGAGUUAAUGUCAGUAACCUGGUGAGCUGGGUUACAGCAGAGGUUAAUGUCAACAUCUCUGUCCUAAAGUGCGACGAACCAGAAGUUCAGAUCAUUCAAGCUCCACGACUCGCCAUCUGGCGUUACCAGCCAACCUUGGUAGAGGCCAAUGUGAAUUUAAAAGGUUGUGGCCUCUAUGGAGUAGAGUACCUCUGGGAGAUCCUCACCUCCCCUCGCUGUCAGGAUGAUGACAAGAAAGGUCCACCACCGUCUAAGGUCCGUCUCCCCCCAGAAGUCAACGUCCGGAGGCUCCAAAUUUCAGUGCCCAAGAUGUCGAUUUCUGCUGGGAACUACACUCUAGUUUUUUCUCUGUCCUAUGAGGGGGUGCCACUACGGAAGGCAGCAUGUAUUCAACUUUCAGUCAUGUCCAAAAAGCUAGUGCCAAUCAUUGAGGGUGGCACAUACCGUGUGUGGUCCAAAACUCAAGAUUUGCAUUUGAGCGCAGAGCAAUCCUACGACCCAAACCUGGACCCAGAGAACCAGUCCCUGCUCAACUACCACUGGGAAUGUGUGAGCACCUCAAAGGGCCCAGCUCACUGCUCCACUUUGCAUUUCGGGUUGGGUCCGAGCGACCCGGUUCUGGGAAUCUCUGGUUCUGAACUGGAGGUAGAUGUUGAGUAUACCUUUCGACUGACCGUCAGCAAAGAAGGCAUGACCCCAGAGUCCACAAACCAAACGUCUCGCUACGAGAUCAGUCAGAGCUCUUAUGUGUACCUGGCUGGCACCUGCAAUAACUGUCACAGCUCACUCAGAGGGCGGUGGACGGCGAUGACCGGAGGGAACGAGACGCUGGUGCUGGAUCUGAACACCACCACCACGGGCAGCGACAGCAUGAACCUGGUCCUGCGACAGGGUAUACUCCGCGAUGGAAACUCCUACAUAUUCAGCCUCCACGUGACCGAUGACAGCAUGGACCGUGAGGGCGUGGCCUACAUCGAGCUCCACCCCAACCUGCCUCCAGCCGGCGGGACGUGUUCUCUGUGGGCAGAUGGCGACGGGCCUCAGGUGCGCACGCUGCUGGAGAGAGUGCACUUCAACUGCUCAGGUUACACUGAUAUGGACGAGGCCGAGUCUCCGCUGGUGUAUAGUCUGCUGGCGGUGCGCUGCUCCGGGCUGUACUGCGAGGAGUUCUGUGUGUAUAAAGGCACGAGUCCAGAACAUUCGGCCUUCCUGCCACCCGGCUUCAGCUCGGCCCAGUACCAGGUGACUGCGAUUGUCAUGGUGGAGGACCACCAGGGGGCCACAGUCAUGGCCCGCAACAAGUCGAUGGAGGUGGUGCUGCCGGCGGUUCCUGACGGAUUCAGCUGUCUCCCUCACUGGCUCAGCAAUCUGACCGACUCCACCCUCAGAGAGCUGCUCCGUCAGGGAGAUUCACAGAGAGUACGGGAGCUCUCGCUCGCCCUCAUCACAAUCCUCAAUGAGUAUGAGCAGGGUGUUUCCCGCAGACGAGAGCGUGUGUCUAAGGCAGAGCGUCAGUACCGUGUGAGCGUCAGAGGAAACAUCACCAGAGCGCUGACGUCACUGGACCUCACCACCGUCAGUGACAUCCAGCAGACAUCAGCAGCGCUCGCGCAGUGCACGGCUGUGAGUCGAGAGUUUGUGUGUGAAGAGUGUCAGAACAGCACUCUGGACAAACUAGAGUCGAUGUUAGAGAUCCUGCAGACAGACACCAAACAGGGCACAGUCACCCCGACCGAGAUAGCAGACAACAUCCUUAAUAUCAUGGGUGACCUGAUCCACCAGGUGAGCCAGGCUGCCUCCUCUCCUCCUCCGGAGGCCGAGGACCGCGACGGCCUCUCCCAGCCGCCUCCGCUUCUCUUAGAGGAGCAGCAGCAUCACCCGCUGCGGGUGGCCGCUAAAGCCUACACCCUGUCCUCCGUCCUCAUGCGAAUCCUCAUGCUGGGCCGUGUCCUGAACGAGGAGCCACUGAUCCUCCGCGGGGCAGAGAUCGCCGCCGCCGGCAAACGCGCCGACCCUCAGAGCCUGCUCUGCUAUGGCGAGAGCGACGCGGCCGAGUGCCGGCGUUUCUCCAUCCCGCGAGCCUUCAACAGCAGUCUGGGACGGGCAGCAGGGGGCACUCUGGCGCCCAGUAGCGAGGACGGCAUCGUACAGCUGCUGUUCCAAGUGGAGCCCAAUCCGUUUCCGUUCAACUACGUCGCCAAUUACACCGUGUCGACAGAGGUGGCGUCCAUGGAGUUUCGCACGGUGAACGGCACGCAGAUUCCCAUCUCGGAUCUGGACGACAGCCAUGCCAUAACGGUUGCUGUUAAUAACGGGAGCGUGGCUGGGCUGGACGGGAACGGAUUGGAGGCCGUGUUGCCGCCAGCGGGAGCUGAGAAUAUCAGCCGCUGCGGUUCAAUCAUCGUGAGGGUGAGCACGAGGAACACCAACAGACAGGCGGGAAUCUACGUCCAGCUCAACUUCACCGUACUAGACGAUUCUCCAGAGAAGCGGGAAUUGGAUCCAUUCAUCACAGCCUAUCUGCACACCUCCGAAUGGCCCAAUGAAUACAACAGCACUGACAGGAAACGCAUCACGCUCAAUAUGACGCGGGGGCGGGACCUGGACCACCGACUCUACACUUUCUUCCUGUCUCCAAAGUCCUAUGACACCACGCGUGAUCACUUCAUAAACGUGACCGUGGGCUGCGGCGCCGGCGAUCCGGAUCUGAUCCGGUUCGAGGUGGCCGUCUUCACCUCGCUGUGUCAGUAUUUCAGCGAAAGUGCCAAUCAGUGGCGGACAGAUGGCAUGGAUCCGCUUCCCGAGACCAGCGUGGGCCGAGCCGUGUGUCGCACGCAUCAUCUGACCGCUUUCGCCGCCAGCCUGUUUGUUCCCGCCGACGCCGUCUCCUUCAUCAUUCCUGAGCGUUCGGUGACUCGUAGUCUGGUGGUGGUGCUGGUGUGUGUGAUCGGACUGCUGUGUUACGCUGUGGCCGGUGCUAUAAUGCGCAAGCUGGAUCAGAUGGACCUGAGACGGGCCUCUGUGGUGCCGCUGUGUGGGAAGGACGGGCUGUACAAGUACGAGAUCCAGGUCAAGACCGGCUGGGCUUACGGAGCAGGAACCACGGCUCACGUCGGCAUCAGUCUUCAUGGCAGUGAGAGCCGCAGUGGACACAGACACCUGGACAGCGUCGGCGCUUUCGCUCGAAACAGCCUGGACAUCUUCCACAUGGCCUCCGACAGCAGCCUGGGCAGCGUGCUGAAGAUCCGCGUGUGGCACGACAACAAAGGUCUGUCUCCUGCAUGGCUGCUCCAGUACGUCCUGGUGAAGGACCUGCAGUCGGCCAGCACUUAUUUCUUCCUGGUUGAGGAGUGGCUCUCGGUCGACAAUGAGAAAACAGACGGCAGAGUCGAGAUAGAGGUGGAAGCCUCAGAGGAGGCGGAGCUGCGCGAGCGGCCGCGGCUGCUGUCCUGGGAGCUGCAGAGGGCCGUGUGUGAGAGUCACGUCUGGUUUUCUCUGUGGGAGCGUCCUCCACGGAGCCCCUUCACGCGGCUGCAGCGGCUCACCUGCUGCGCUCUGCUCAUGCAGCUCUGCAUGCUGGCCAACGCCGUGUGGUACGGCACCGUCUCCUACGGCAACAGCUCUAUGCCGGUGUCUGCUCUGGUCUCGGUGAAUGCGGAGACGCUGUGGGCGGGGCUUGUGAGCUGUCUGCUGGUCUAUCCUGUCUACCUGCUCGUCUUCUGUCUGUUCAGACUCAGCCGCAGUAAGGUCUCUGUGGAGCAGCUUCCUCCUCAGGUGGACCAGGAGUCUCUGGAGAUCGAUGACUUCCUGGAUAACUCACUGACAGGAAGCUCUUUUCUGAUGCUGAAUGGCAUUCCUGGAGAGACAUACUCAGAGGAGACCAACAUUGACCUGCCCACGCCGUCCACUAAGAGUCUUCAGAGGUGGAGCAUUCCUGACUGUGAUUGGCCGGAUGUGUUGACCGACCCGUCUGUGGAGAUGGGGCCGGUGUUCCCGCCUCGGCUCAAGAGAGGUCAGGGCAGCAGACAUCUGGGUGUGGACAUUCCCUUCAGUCCCGACGAGGUGGACACGGUCUAUGACAACAGCCACAGGAACAAAUACUUCUCAUCCUCAGAUGAGGAUCUAAUCAAGCGCAUUCUGGCCGAUGGACAGCUGCUGUCUCAGACGGACAGUGACAUGGGCGAUCUCUCCAGUAUAUUCGGUGAUAAGACGGAGGUGAUUCUACUUCAAAAGAUGAAUGAACCUGUUCCGUGUGGAACAUUUAGACGAGACCCUCCCAAAACUGCCUUUACUUCACGCACAGGUACACACACACACUGGGUGGGGCUUGUCCUGUCCAGCAGCCUAUCAAUGUGGCUGGGGCGGAGCUUCAGCGAGGGCGUGGCUCUGAUGUGGCUCAUCUCCUGCAUUGCCAGUUUCCUGUCGUCAUUCCUCCUCCUCGAACCUCUGAAGGUACAUACACGCACAACAGCAGAUGGAAAAAAUACGUGGAUGACCACCAUGCUGAAGGGUUUCCUGCUCUACAUGCUGUUCCUGCUGGUGGUUUUACUGCUCAACUACUCAGACUCGUCCAAAGACGCCCAUCGCCUACGACUUCACACUCAACUACAGGAGCACUUCCUCACAGAACACUUCUACAACAUCAGCAGUCGUGAAGAUGUGUGGGCAUGGCUCUCAGACUCCGUGUUACCACGGUUACUGGAUGGACCUGACCUAAUGGAGAAGACGGGCAGCCUUCUGAUAAGUCGACCCCGCCUCCGACAGCUGAGAGCUCAGCCAGAAUGCCCCGGCAUUGGCUAUUUCCCAGCAGCCUCGUGGUUUGGGUGUGUCCCGGCCGGAUGGGCGGAGUCAGCCUCAGAAUUGGUGCAGAACUGGAGUAUCAGUACAGCUCAGAGCAGCGGUGUGUGGCACUGGGGUCAGGUGUCUGUCUACAGCAGCGCUGGAUUCGUGCAGGAUCUCAGCAGGACCAUGCAGGACUCCAGAGCUGUGAUCAAACAACUCAACACACACCAGUGGCUCGACCCGCUGACCAGGGCUCUAUUCGUGGAGUUUCCCCUCUAUAACAUCAACACCGAUCUGUUGGCCGUCUUCACGUUCCUGCUGGAGUUUCCUGUAUCUGAGCAUGCUCAGUUGAGUCUGGACCUCAAAACCUGCAGCCUCCACACGCUCAGUCACGGCAUGGACCUGCCGCUGUUCCUCACGCUCCUCCUGCUGGUCUUCGUGAUCUAUUUUGCUGUACGUGAGAGCGCGGUUGCUUGGAAACAGGGGCGUGGCUACUUCCUGCGUUUGUGGAAUGUAGCAAGUGUUUGCAGUCUGCUGUUGGCGAUUUGUGUCGCCUCGCUACACCUGAGCCGCUCUGUACUCUCCGCCCACCAAUGGGGGUCAUUUCUACAAAAACGGGACACUUUUACGGAUUUCUUUCCUCUGGCUCAGCAGAACCAGGUUCUGACCCAACUCAGCGCGACUCUGCUCCUCCUACUGGUUCUCAAGGCAUCACACCAGCUGCGUUUCAUGAGAGAAUGGGGGGUUUUCGGGAGAACGCUAAGGAGAUCUUUCUGGGAGCUGCUGACAGUUGCAGUCACUCUACUCGUGUUCCUGUUGGCAUACUCACACACCGGACACCUGCUUUUCCACUCUGUCAUGGAGGGCCACGGAACUGUUAGCUCUACUUGCUUGAAGUUACUAGGCUCUAAUGGGCGUGGACUGUUGUCAUGGCGACCGGACAGUGGCUCCUCUCCAUGUUCUGCUUCCUGUUUCAUCUUCUACAUUAGCUUCACUCUCCUCCGACUAGUUUUGCUGUGGCUUUUGAUCUCGCCGUUGCUAAGGAACUAUCGUCGGGCAAGGGCGGAACUGUACCGUCCAGCCGUUGACCUGCAGGACUAUGAAAUGGUGGAGUUGUUCCUGCGACGCCUCAAAAUGUGGAUGGGGCUCAGCCGUGCUAAAGAGUUCCGGCACAAGGUGCGGUUUGAGGGUAUGGAGCUCCCUCCUUCACGUUCCUCUUCAACUAGUGACUGCAAGUCCUUGUGUCUUCCUCCUCUGGACACUCCUGUGGCUCCCCCAACUCCCGACAGCAUUGACGGAGGAUCUGAGGCCUCCUGGCGUCCCACAUCCAGCAGCCCUUGCAGUUUGGCUGAAGCCCCAGGUCUAGGACUUGGCCUCACUUUAGGUCUUGGGGUGAUAGUUGGAGGCCAAGGCUGGAAAGAGAGAGCUGAGAUGGAGGCAACACUCCGCAGAAUCCUCCCAGCAUUCGAUGCUUUGCUUCUGCAGCUGGACCGGGUAACCCACGCCACAGAGGAACUGUAUCGAACAGAGUGCCACCUAGAGAGACUGCUGAGGAAGAGUAGAGGACGGGGCAGAGGGGUACGCCGCCACAGAAGUCUGGAGUCUGCAGGACAGAAGAGACAUAGAUACAAGGGGACAGACAGGAGUACACAAGUGGCACAAUCUCCCCUGAGAACUGUAAUAAGUGCACCUGCAUCUGAGAGAAAUCCUCACAAGAGAGAUCGAAGGUCAAGGAAAUCAGAGAAGUUCUCACAAAUCACAAGUGCUCUUACCACAAGCCUCAAUAAGAUGGACUUGAGUCCCCACAGGACCAAUAGUCUCCAAAAGACUCAAGAAACCCCUAGUACCGAGGUGGUAGAUGUUGACAAGACUGAGAAAGGCCCUCGCAAGGCGGACUCGGGUCCCCUCAAAGCAAGUCCACCUGAGGGGGACAGUAGUCAACCUAGAGGCCAAAAGGCUGACAAGGUUUCUCAUAAAGUAAAAGGAACCUCCAACAAGGUAGACCCAAAUUUCCAAAGGGAAUCUGAGGUUGCUGGCUGUGCCAACAAACCCAUCCCUACCCCUGUUCCCACUCCAGCAUCUGCUUCCUCAACUGCUCCUGUUUCUGCCAUAACUACCCCUGUACCGAUUCCUCGCUCCCAUGAGUGGAUUUCUCCCACCAACAGCGAGAACCUUCCCUCCAGCGUGUUCCGGCACCCUGCACACACUACUACGAAUCCCACCCGCAAACGCAAGCACAAACCUCCCCCACUUAAAAAUAAGGUGCACCCCAACCCAGACAGACCUAUCUCAGGACACCCCAAACCUUGAGACCCCAAGGUUCCACCAGUCAGUAGACAAGUACAGGCAAGGAUUUGGAAUUGAGUUGUAAGGCUUAGGAACUCGAGGAAUGUUGAAGCUCAAGGGUUACAGCAUUUCAUGAAGAAAGGAGGACCUGGUGACAGCAGGUUUUGUAACCAGGCCCUCAAGAAGAGCGAAAGCAAUAAAAGUUGCUUAAAACCAAAUAAUACACCAUAGCCUUAAGUUCCAACCCACAAGUCUUUUGAUUUGUAAUGCCUUACUAAAAGUCUCAAGAUGGAAACUGGGUGCAGGUCACCAUGGUUUCUACAAUCCUCAAGAAGUUCCAGUUGAUGCAAGUUGCCCUUUUCCUUCCCCACUUGCAGUGACCUCAAGUCCAACCUCUUGACCCUGGUGGUCAACUGGGUUGAAACCGACAAGAGCACACCUUGUGCUGUCGCAACAACAAAACAAACUCUUGAAAGAGACAAUGAAGGACUACAACAGCAAGCCUGUUGAUGCAGGAUGGCUAAAGCUUGAUGGUAUUUGUUGUACAAUGUUUUUAGUUAUGUUUGAUGAAAUGUUCUUUUUUGUGUUGUUAAAGGAAGCUAUCUUAAGGUCAUCGGUAUAUGUAUCGCCCAUUUAUGCAGAAUAGGCACAGCUUAUUCGAAAAGGGCUCACACUGACAAACUCGCACACAUACAGACAUAAAAACACCCUGAUUGCAGGUACAUAUUUGAUGAGAUUACAUAAAUAUAGAGCUAUGCUUCGAGGUACUUAUGCAUAAUUCAUGCUUCUUAAUAUAAUGGCAUGUUGCGAAAAAUAGACACAAAAACAUAUCAGAAAAUAUAAGAACUUUUACAAUUUACCCACUUACACUUAUACACUCACACUAACAUACUUCUGAAGAGGCCAUCAGGGUGCUAAACAACUAGUAAUCCUCAGGAUUUCAAAUAUAUUUCUCUGACAUAAUUGCUCACACAGAGCUCCAUUCAGAGGUUUCUCAGAGCGAAACGGACCAGAGGGCGAGUGAGAGAAGAUGAAAUUAGAAGGAAAACUGAGAGAAGGGAAAGCAUGUCAGAAAGUGUGAAUUUAAAGGGAGACCAAAAAUUUGGUAUAACGUAAUAGUAGGACAUGAAAUGUUAGAUGAAGUAAGGAAAAAGUUGAGGCAGAAUUAAGACAAAGGUACGUCCCUCAUUCAAGCACAACUCCCAGAAUUCUCUGUAUGGGGAUUUGUUAUUCCAGCAGGUAAAAGCGAUGUUCCAUAAAGCAUUAUUAUUGUUAAGUAGUUGUUAUUAAGUAGUUUGUUAAUGAAUGAAAAACCAGCUUAUGAUAAAUGGAAGUGUGUUUGUUGCUGCCUUCUAUGAUGUUUUGAAUUUAAUUUAAAAAGCACUUUGUAUUGAUGUUUUAAUAUGAAUGAUUGUGACGGCAUCGGUGUGAUUUAAUUUGAAUGUGUUAUGGAAAAUGUUUUGCAGAAAUAAUAAAAUAAGCUUGGUAUGAACAUAAGAGAUAGUUACAACAGCAUUACUCUCCGUAUAAUUUUGCCAAAGCUUGCAACUCAAGUAAGAAAUAAACUUGUUUCUUUUGAACUUAGCACUUUAUUGCACUGUCAAGCUUUAGUGCUUUGCCAUAUUUAAACUAGUAUGUACUAUUUCUUCACAUACAACUUUCCAGAACUAUUCUCUUUGAGUAUUAUACACAAGCUGCAUCGGGAUAUUAAUUACCAUUAAUUUUCAUGUAUUUGUUUCUACAAUGUGUUGAUUUUAUGUCUCUUGUGAAGUACUACAUUGGUAUUUACCGUGAUGAUGCUCAGGGUCCCUCUUUUUAAAAACCCAAACUAGGAUUUUUUGUUUUUUUGUUGUUUUCCGCUUUAAACAAUACAUGUAUUAAGGUCUCAUAUAUUGAAAUUAGAGUAGUUGAGAGUGAUUUGAUGAUUAGCUUAAGCACUCGAAAAUAUCCACUACAGGGAGUUUUGAUUCUGUCAAAGGUCACUUCCACUACAGUAACGUUCUUAUUCAGGCCAUUCCAGAUGAGGUUUAGAAAGGUCAUGUUUAUCUGUACAUAUUGGUGUGCCCUGAUGUAAAUAUUGUAUUCGAGUUUGAUUGCAUUGUUUUAAUCUCGUUUGCCUUAACCGCACUGAGUAGAAAUUUCAGUACACAAAAUGGAUCGCAGUAUGCACAAUCAUUUCACACAAAUGCUUUGGCCAAAGGAAAAAAUAAGACCCAAAAAAGGUAUGAAAGCAUUGCUAUUUCCAACAGAACUACACACAGCACAAGCAGUCAUUUUAAAAUAUAAUGGCUUUUUAGUAGUUCUUUGCAGGAAAGUAUUGCCGCUAAAAUAUUUCUUACUUUUUGUCAGAAAAAAAAAAAUCAUGUCUGCCAUUUCAAACCAGUCACAAGUGCCAAAACAUACUUGCAUGCAAUAUUGUAAAGUCUUAUUUUUUGGUAUUAAAUGCUGAAGGUGCAGUAAUGUGUUGAUUGCAGGUUUGACAUUUUGUGUUGAAUUGUGCUGUUGUACUUGUAACGUUGUAGCACUUCGCUUUACAUGCUUUUGCACUUGACAAAGUCAAAUAAAGAGUCUGACAGCU